GGGAGAUAGAUGAGGAAGAAUGCCGACAGAUCUGGACACCUCUCUUCUAAAGAGGCACAGAUCUUCUUGAAGGCCCUCCGACUGCCGCUGUCUGAUGACCUACUACGAGCCCUCCUCGAAAAGUUUCAAGACGAGUCUGAGAAGAUUGACUAUCAUGCCUUCCUAUCCAGUAUUAACUGGAGAGAAAACCCGGCCCCUGCUGUGCCUCCAGAUGUCACCGUGAAGUUUGACACAGACUGGAGAGAAAAAGCUGCAGACCCUGCAGUUAAAACCAUCAACUGCUCGCUCUUUCUGGAGGAUGUCUUUGGCAGCACCACAAACAUUAACGAGAGCUGAGAACGGCCUGAUGGGAUCCUCAAUAACAUGUGAAAAGUCAAGAAAU